AAAAUGUCUUAGUCAAUGCUUCUGCCUGGAUUUCUGAGCGCCUAGACGUACGUACCACCAGUCCCAAGACGAUACGUGACGCUACGCAGCUGGAAAGGGCGGCGUCCUCAGGCUGCCCACAUUUCGCAGCUUGCAUUAAUGAAGUGCUGAGCCGCAUACAGAUGCUUCGAAGGUGGUCAGAAAGGUGGGGUAAUCAAAUGCACCUGAGCUAGGGAAUCUGCUGUAGGGCGUCGUGCAUCGGCUACACGGCUUCUGCUUCUAACAGAGGUGCCACGUUGGUAUCGACAUCUUGAGGCCUUCACAUCUCUUAGGGUCAGGUUGGCUUCAUCCUCGAUGCAUUGUGUCCUCCCAUCCCGCAAUGCAGGCCUAGCUCUGAAAAAGCGUGCACGAAAGUAGCAGCGCUUGGACGCUGACACCACCUGCUGUUGAGCCUACCCUGCAGUCAGUCAGAGCAAAAAGCGCACAGCUUGAAGCGGACAACUGCCCACCACCGCGAGACUGAGCAACAGGUCACAUAGGGUCAGUAUGUGGACACAACAGUGACGCAGCCAAGAAACUCUUGCAAGAGUAGCGGCCAAGGUUGAAGUUUAGCCAGCAUGUUCCCUCCAAACAGUCCCCAGGGCCAGGUUGGGAGGACUCCCCAAGGCGGGCGCAGCCCCUUUGAGUCCCCCCGGUUGGCUGCCCUGGGCAUGCCCGGCAAUCAUGUGCCCCAGUCGCCCGCCAAGAUUUCACUCAGCCCUCGGUCGCCCAUGGCGCCGCUGUCGCUGUCGGGAGCGUCGAAGAAAUUCAUCAACGACGUCAGCGACUGUGUCACAGAGAUGAUUGACGGCAUGGUGGAGACGUUUCAGGGCUUGCAACGCCUUGACGGCUUUCCAGAGGUCAAAGUUGUGCUUCGUACUGAUGUGUCCAGGGGCACGUACAACAGAGUGGCCGUCAUAUCAGGGGGAGGCAGUGGUCACGAGCCGGCGCACGCAGGUUACGUGGGGCAAGGGAUGCUCACGGCAGCAGUAUGCGGCGACAUCUUUGCAUCGCCCACUGUGGCCGCAGUGCUGGCGGCCAUUCGUGCUGUGACGGGAGCACCAGGGUGCCUCUUGAUUGUCAAGAACUACACGGGCGAUCGGCUCAACUUCGGGCUGGCAGCGGAGCAGGCCAAGGCGGAGGGCUACAAAGUCGAGAUGGUGAUUGUGGGCGACGACUGCGCGCUGCCCCCGCCCCGCGGCUUGGCCGGCCGGAGAGGUCUCGCCGGCACGCUCUUCGUGCACAAGGUCGCCGGAGCAGCUGCCGCGGAGGGCAAGAGCCUGGGGGACGUUUUGGCGGAAGCGCAGAGCGUGGCGGGGGCUGUCGGCACCAUGGGGGUGGCGCUCAUGGUCUGCACGCUGCCUGGAGCGACUCCCUCGGACCGGCUGGGGGCGGGCAAGAUGGAAUUGGGCCUAGGCAUCCACGGGGAGCCCGGCGCCGCUGUCGCUGACGUGCAGCCCGUGGAUGCGAUCGUCAGCCACGUCCUGCAAAAGAUCCUUGACCCGGAGACGCAGUAUCUCAAGAUCGACCGAGGGGAACGUGUUGUGCUUAUGGUCAACGGGCUGGGCGCCACGCCUCAGAUGGAGCUGCUGAUUGCGGCGGGCAAGGCGGUGGCGACGCUACAGGUGGAGUACGGGCUCGCAGUGGAGCGCGUUUACACCGGCUCCUUCAUGACCUCCCUGGACAUGGCGGGCAUGUCGCUGUCGGUCCUGCGCGUUACCGACCGCAUCCUGCAGCGCCUGGACGCUCCCACCCGCGCCCCGGCCUGGCCCUCAUGCGCAGGGGGGCCGCGCCCCAUGAUCAGCGUGCCCGUCCCCAUGCCCUCCAACCCCACCAACGAAACCGCUCCCUCGCGCCCCGCGGAGCUGAGCGAGUCGGGGCGCCUGCUAGAAGCGGCGAUCCGGGCGGGCGCGGAGGCGCUGGUGGACAUGGAGCAGCAGCUCAACGAGUGGGACGCGCGCACGGGGGACGGCGACUGCGGCACCUCGAUGCGGAAGGGGGCGGCAGCAGUACUGGACGACAUUUGGCACAGGUAUCCACUGAACGAUGCGGCUGAGACGGUGAAGGAGGUUGGCGCGUCAGUGCGGCAUGCAAUGGGGGGCACUAUUGGAGUCUUGUACGACGUCUUCUGCCGCGCCGCCUACGCCUCUCUCCGCGGCACAAGCUCGCCGUCGCCGCUAGACUGGGCUGCUGCGUUCGAGGCCGCCGUGAGCUCCGUCUCCAAGUACGGCGGCGCGGCGGCCGGCUACCGGACGAUGCUCGACGCCCUGCUGCCCGCAUCCAAAACCCUCACCAAGCGGUUGCAGUCACGGGAGAGUCCUGGGGACGCCUUCGUGGCCGCCGCCCACGCCGCGGCUGCUGGCGCCGAGGAGACCCUUAAAAUGGUUGCGCUGGCCGGCCGCUCGAGCUACGUGCCCCCCGAAGUGCUGAGCCAGGUUCCCGACCCGGGGGCCAAGGCGGCCGCCGCCUGGCUGAACGCGGCCGCGGCAGCAGUCGCGUUGUACACCCCCCAAUGAGCCACAUUCGGAACGCGGCAAAAGCAACCCCCCUGGAGAGAGGCUGUCGUUUAGAGCGGGCACUUUGGGCACUUGUUUUGAGUUUUUAGGCUUCGGAUCCUUGAUGCCAGCGCUGCGCUCAUAGGCAGAUUGGAAUCGGUCAACCUUCCGGAGCGGAGGGCGUAGGCGGGUUGACCGCGAUUUGAUGCUUGUACUUUAGCGACGGGUUCGAGAGUUCACCUGCAGUCAAAUGUGUACCAUUGUCCAUGCGGCAUUAGGUAGCGCUUCUUUUUGGUCGAAGAGGAACUGCAUUGCGGGAACAGGCUUAGGUGCAAGAUCAGUGUAACAUGAAGACCCGAGAACUAGAGCGCUCAUUGGCUUGGCACGGAUAACGUGCAAGUCGAUAGACGAGAUUGUGAAGCUUGUCAUGACGGCAGAACUCGAUUUUAGCUGUGAUCCUUCAACUGGAGUGAGAGUAUACGAGCUCGGGAAGAUCUUCAUGAAUUUAAGUCUACGAUGCCAUGUUGCUCUGCAA